CCGGUGCUGAAAGCAGCGAAAGAGCAUCUGUCAGGGACCAGCUCACUCAUGGCCGGGAAGCAGCAGCAGCCCCCUUAUCUGCAUCUGGCGGAGCUGACGGCAUCCCAGUUCCUGGACAUCUGGAAACAUUAUGAUGCUGACGGAAAUGGUUACAUUGAAGGGAAAGAGCUGGAAAACUUCUUCCAGGAGCUGGAGAGUGCUAGGAAGGGAGCUGGAGUGGAAUCCAAGAAUGUCAACUUUGCCGAAAAGAUGAAGGAAUUCAUGCGAAAAUAUGACAAGAACGCAGAUGGCAGAAUUGAACUGUCAGAGCUGGCACAGAUCUUGCCCACAGAGGAGAACUUCCUGCUGUGUUUCCGACAGCACGUUGGCUCCAGCGCCGAAUUCAUGGAGGCCUGGCGGAAAUAUGAUACAGAUCGCAGCGGCUACAUAGAAGCCAAUGAGCUCCAGGGGUUCCUGUCGGAUUUGUUAGAGAAAGCGAACAAGCCCUACGAUGAACAAAAGCUACAAGAAUACACACAGACUAUACUGCGGAUGUUUGACUUGAAUGGGGAUGGAAAGCUCUGCCUAUCGGAAAUGUCACGCCUGCUGCCUGUGCAAGAGAACUUCCUCCUUAAAUUUCAGGGGAUGAAACUAGAUUCGGAAGAAUUCAAUGCUAUCUUUGCAUUUUACGACAAGGAUGGCAAUGGCUUCAUUGAUGAGAAUGAACUGGAUGCCCUACUGAAAGAUCUCUAUGACAAAGACAAGAAGGAGAUGACCAUCCAACAGCUCACGAGCUACAGAAAGAGCAUCAUGAACCUCUCAGAUGGGGGGAAGCUGUACCGCAAGGAACUGGAAAUUGUCCUCUGCAACGAGUCCCUGAUGUAAAGAGCAGCAAUGUCCCUUGGCCACCCUCUGUCCCCUCCCCUGCUUUGCCACCACCACAAAGGCAAAGACACCAUGAUGAGCAAAUGUAGGGGUGUCUGCUGACCUGCAUCUGGGUGAUCCUCCCAACCCCACAAGACUAGGCUCGCUGAUCUGCUCGUGACUUUGGCCCCAGAAUCUGCACAAGAGGGUGGGGGAGGGGC